CUGCCAUCCUUUGCCAAAGAUCCCUGUAUUUAUUUAAUUAUCCGCUUCGUAAUGUGGUGUAGCAGAACAGCGCUCGGGAGAUUGCGGAUGAUCGGUGAUGCAAUCGCUCCGCGUACCGUUACCGGAUUUCAUCGCGUGAUGUCCACGUUACCGAAAGUGUAUGUGACGCGCAAGGUGCCGCCGGUCGGACUGGACAUUCUCCGCAAAUCCGGACAGGUGCAGUUUGAGAUGUGGGACUCUGAUGACCCUGUGCCACGACAGGAGCUGCUGAAAAAGGUCAAAGGUUGCGAUGGAAUACUAUGUGUACUCACAGAGAAGAUUGAUGCAGAACUACUGGAUGCUGCAGGUCCAAAUUUGAAAGUCCUCAGCACUAUGUCAGUGGGCUUUGAUCAUCUUUCUUUGGAUGAACUCAAGAAAAGGGAAAUCAGCGUAGGCUAUACUCCGGAUGUUCUGACAGACGCUGUGGCUGAACUGACUGUUGCCCUGUUACUCGCUACAUCAAGAAGACUCAUUGAGGCCACCCACGAGGCAAAAACGGGUGGCUGGGGUACAUGGAGAACUCUAUGGCUGUGUGGUCAUGAACUAGCAAACAGCACAGUCGGCAUCUUGGGACUAGGGAGGAUUGGCGUGGCUAUUGCAGAGCGCCUAAAGCCGUUUAAGGUGAAGAAGUUCAUCUACACAGAUGUAGCGCCAAGACCUGAGCUCGCAGACAUGAUACAGGCAGACUAUGUCUCUUUAGACGAGCUGGCAAAGCAGUCUGAUUUCCUGGCAAUAUGCUGUGCUCUGACUCCAGAAACUCAAGGGAUCUGCAAUAAGAACCUCUUCACCAAGAUGAAGAAAAACUCCAUCUUUAUCAACACAAGCAGAGGGGGAGUGGUUAAUCAGGAGGAUCUGUAUGAAGCCCUGUCCACUGGUCUGAUCGCUGGAGCUGGGCUGGAUGUCACCACACCUGAACCGCUGCCCACAAACCAUCCUCUUUUCACACUCAAAAACUGCGUGAUUCUUCCCCACAUUGCCAGUGCUUCCUAUACCACACGGAACGCCAUGUCUGCUCUUGCUGCCAACAACCUGCUGGCUGGACUCAGGGGAGAAGCUAUGCCUAAAGAACUUAAGCUCUAGCGCUCAACACCAACAAUUAACAUAAAAGAAAAACAAUGCUUAACCCCACUGUGUUCGAAAAUCAAAAGGGCAAUGUUUGUGAGUACACAGACAAAGUUCACGGUCUAAGAUCAAUGAUCUACAAAGAGCAAACUCAACAAAGUCAAGCAAUGUCCAUGCAUGUCCAACAAGCCUUAACAAAUGUUUUAAUUCAUGUGUACCUUUGGUUUUGUUGGACUAGUAUAGAUUGCAGUAUUAGGAACUUUUAAGUCUAAACUUUUCUAAUCAAACAAAUGGAUAAAUACAUUAAUGAAGAGACAAGAGUGAAUAUCUAACAUUCUUCAUGAUUUUAUUCACUUAAUUUAUUGUUAAAGUGCUAGGAAAAAAAACGAGUGCCCUACCAAUGUGCAUUUAAUUAUAGCAAAUACACAAACAAACAUUAAUUUCUUCACUUUUGGCUUCUCUAGAUCUGAACCUCAUAAAUGAUCACAGAAGGCAGUUGUUUAACUUCAUUAGUGAUUCACCAGUUAUUUUUACCAAAAAGUCUUGUUUUCCUCAGACUUUUGUUUAAACAGUGUACACAUUGUAUUUACAUACAUUAAAAUUUCAAUUGAGAGUUCAAACAGGAUUUAAAUAUCUGAUAUUCAGUAUGUAUAUUUUGAAUAUUAUAACAGAACUGUUUCAAAAACAUUUAUGUUUCAACUUUUAUGUUAAAGAAACACUCAGGCACAGAUGCAUCAUGAAUGAUUCGGAAAAAAAUAAAGUACAACACCUAUAA